AUGCGCUCGCCUUCUAUAGAUACUGUGCUCACAGCUUCUUCGCUACCCCCUUCACGGUUCCGGCCGUAUGAAUGGAAGGAGAGGCUCCUCUCGGUUUCUUACACCAAAGGAGGGCUUGACAGGGUCAAAGUUCUUGGUAGCGACGCAACCGGGCAUACUGGUUGUGUGAACGCACUCUCGUGGGCCAAGGGAGGAGAGGUUCUGAUAAGCAGUGGAGACGAUGUAACCGUCAGACUGUGGCGGAUGGAUAGAGACAACACACAGGAAGACUACCCCUUUAAAUGCGACACGGUCAUCCAUACCGGGCACAGAGGCAAUGUAUUCAACGCUCAAAUGCUGCCACAUUCUUCUCGCAUUGCGACGGUGUCCGGCGACAGCCAGGUACGCGUAUUUGACCACGAGAAGGCGGCCGGGUCUCCUGGCAACAACGGCGAGACCGAGUACAGCACUCGGCAGGCUGCUAUCCGCAUCUUCCGAUGUCACAGUGGGCGGACGAAGAGGAUAGUCACUGAGGACAGCCCUGACUUAUUUCUGACAGUAUCGGAGGACGGGACAGUCCGCCAACACGACCUUCGCGUGCCUCAUUCAUGCCAAGGCGACGCUUGUCCUGCCCCAUUAGUCGCGCUCAAUUGCGAGCUUUCGACACUAUCGCUUUCUCCCCUUACACCAUAUCAGUUCGUGGUGGCCGGAGAGUCACCCUACGGCUACUUGUUCGACCGUCGACACGCAGGCCGACAGUUUGCUGAGGAGUGGGGUCAGCCACCGGACAGCAGCGAAGUGACAACAUGUGUUCGAAGGUUUGGACGACAUGGUCGCGGCAGCCACGAACGCAGAGGUCGUGAGCACAUCACUGGUUCCCGGAUGGCAUCCAGCAACGGCCACGAAGUCUUGCUCUCAUAUAGUGCGGACGGUAUAUACCUCUAUUCUACCAAGGACGAUCCUGGAGUCACCAGCAUGGCGAGCGGGGAGUCGUCAAUAGUUCCGCCGAAUAAGAAGCGUAGUCCGCCGCGAGAUCGAAUACAGGCUAGCAAUUCGGAAGUCGAGCUGAUGGAGGAGCGGUCCGCUCGCGACAUUAUGAUGGAAGACGACAUCGAGCGUAUGCUAUCUGAACAUGUCUCACCUCCUCGAACAGCUGAGCAGGAACCGUUGCUUGGAGAUGAGGCCGCAGAUGAAGAAGAUCCUGAAGCUCGGCUGGCUGAUAACAAUAGCGACGAGGAGGAAGAUGAGGACAUGGACGAAGCGGAAGAAAGGCAGGGGGAUACUCGAUACUCAAGCGUUCCCACUAUCUUGCCUCGCGCACGUUUCUCGGGAAUAUGCAACGUUGAAACUGUGAAAGACGUCAACUUCCUUGGACCAAGGGACGAAUAUGUCGUCUCCGGUUCGGAUGACGGUAACUGGUUCAUGUGGGAGAAGGAUACAGGCAGACUGCACGACAUUCUAGAAGGCGAUGGUUCAGUCGUCAAUGUCAUCGAGGGUCAUCCAUAUCUUCCUUUGGUCGCCGUGAGCGGGAUCGACUUGACGGUCAAGCUCUUUGCAUCCACGCCCGGUCCGAGCCGGUUCUCAAGAUUGGAUAAGUCGGAGUCCAUCAUCAACCGCAAUGCUCAAGCUGCGAGGCCGCGUCGGAGCGAUCUAUCGAGCCUCAUCCUCUAUUACCGACUCGCCCGGAGAAUGGCGGAAGAAGGGGAUGCCGGCGGUGGUGCGGAUCUUCCGCAGUGCACUUUCCAAUGA